UGCGGCGGGAGCCCAGAGGACCGAGAGCUGCCGCGCGCGGUGCCCAGAGCCCAGCCCUGCCUGGCGCGGCUUCGAGCCACCGGGCGGGCGGCACCAGGUGCCCGGAACUUUGGGCGCCGCCGCUGGGACCCCCCUAGCCACCGGCAGACAGGAUGGUGAGCUCCCCGCAUCCUGUUCUGUGGGCAGAGGUGGGCAGAGCCAGGCACGGGGGACCCCUGUGGGCUGUGUGUGUGCUGGGAUCUGCCUCACACCUGAUAAAAAAGCCAGCGGAGGAGCGAGUGCUGCUAUUUUAAGUUGUUGAAUGGAUCCUCUGGGGAUGAUAAGGGGAGGGGACAAAGAUUAGGCAGAGAAAGGGCCAGGGUACCCCACCAGCUUCGGCAGGCACUACAUGUGCCAAGUGGGGCACCUCUCCAAAGGGCAGCUGGAGCUCCAGAGCUGCCUGGGCUCCCCUCCCCCUCCCAGGCAGGCCUUCCCAGCCCAGGCUUCCGUGACCACAGGUGCUUGCCUCCUGCCCCUUGGUGCCUGUCUGCUGAUGUGCCCAGCCCGUGCCCACCAUGCCGCCCUCCAUCUCGGCCUUCCAGGCCGCCUAUAUUGGCAUCGAGGUGCUCAUCGCCCUGGUCUCCGUGCCUGGGAACGUGCUGGUGAUCUGGGCAGUGAAGGUGAACCAGGCACUGCGGGAUGCCACCUUCUGCUUCAUCGUGUCACUGGCGGUGGCUGAUGUGGCAGUGGGCGCUCUGGUCAUCCCACUUGCCAUCCUCAUCAACAUUGGGCCACAGACCUACUUCCACACCUGCCUCAUGGUCGCCUGCCCUGUCCUCAUCCUCACUCAGAGCUCCAUCCUGGCCCUGCUGGCAAUUGCUGUGGACCGCUACCUCCGUGUCAAGAUCCCACUCAGGUACAAGACAGUGGUGACUCCCCGAAGGGCUGCGGUGGCCAUCGCUGGCUGCUGGAUUCUCUCCUUUGUGGUGGGCUUGACCCCCAUGUUUGGCUGGAACAACCUGAAUGCAGUGGAGCGGGCCUGGGCGGCCAACGGCAGCGUGGGCGAGCCCGUGAUCAAGUGUGAGUUCGAGAAGGUCAUUAGCAUGGAGUACAUGGUCUACUUCAACUUCUUCGUCUGGGUGCUGCCCCCGCUGCUGCUCAUGGUCCUCAUCUACCUGGAGGUCUUCUACCUGAUCCGCAAGCAGCUCAACAAGAAGGUGUCGGCGUCCUCAGGCGACCCCCAGAAGUACUACGGGAAGGAGCUGAAGAUCGCCAAGUCUCUGGCCCUCAUCCUCUUCCUCUUCGCCCUCAGCUGGCUGCCGCUGCACAUCUUUAACUGCAUCACCCUCUUCUGCCCUUCCUGCCACAAGCCCACGAUCCUCAUCUACAUCGCCAUCUUCCUCACACAUGGCAACUCGGCCAUGAACCCCAUCGUCUACGCCUUCCGCAUCCAGAAGUUUCGGGUUACCUUCCUUAAGAUUUGGAACAACCAUUUCCGCUGCCAACCUGCACCCGCCGUUGACGAGGACCCUCCAGAAGAGAGACCCGAUGACUAGACUCCAACUUCUGCUCCCACUGGCCUGCAUCCGGGGCGUCAUCUCAGCCCAAGUCCUCACCCCCCUGCUGUCCCACCUGUCUCCCUUGUGUCCCUGACCCUUCUCUGCUGGGCUGUGGGCUGGGGGCCCCCUGCACCUCCGGGUCCUGGAGGACGUUUGGGAGGGCAGUCCACGGGGAGCGAACCGGGCGACCGGAGGGGAGGAGGAGAGGGGCUUGAGCCUCCCCACCUGCCUGCCCAUCCCACGGGCAGCCCAGCGCACCAGGCUGGGGGGCCCUGGGAGACUGAGGCUGCCGAUGGGCCAGGUAGGCCGGGGGGCAAGCCCAGCUCCCACAGUGGCCAGGGGGGUCUGCACGUCUUAGGUGGUGGUGGUGCAGCCCUGGGACCACACUUAAGGAGGGGAGAAGAUCCAGUCCGAGAUGGAGGGAAGGAAAGAAACUGGCUCUCCUGGCCUUGCUUCCUCUCCUGUUCUGUGGGAGCAGGUGGCCAGAGCCAUUGACGGGCAGAAAUCAAGGAGCCUCAGUCCGUACCUCGUAGGACCCUAUGUUCCCAGCUGUGCUGGGUGCCAGGUGCCUGCUCUCCAUGCCCUGGGGACCCCAGGGUUAUACUGGGAGAGGCAGAAAGAGCGGGUCCAGAAAU